AUGGAUUUGGUAGCAACUGUCAAGGACAAAUUAACAUAUUUUCGUAUAAAAGAGCUCAAAGAUGUGCUGACACAGUUAGGACUUUCAAAGCAGGGAAAGAAGCAGGACCUCGUUGAUCGGAUAUUAUCCAUUCUCUCAGAUGAGCAAGCUUCCAAAAUGUGGGCUAAGAAGAAUGCUGUUGGGAAAGAGCAGGUGGCAAAAUUAGUGGACGACACAUAUAGGAAAAUGCAGAUAUCAGGGGCCACUGAUCUAGCAUCAAAGGGUCAGGUUGUGUCAGAUAGUAGUAAUGUGAAGGUUAAACCUGAAGUUGAUGAUUCCCUUCAAAUUCAGUCAGCUGCAACUACAACUACAACUACAACUACAAAGAUUCGCUGUCUCUGUGGAAGUACAUUGGAAACAGAAGAUUUGAUCAAGUGUGAUGAUGCAAGAUGCCAAGUGUGGCAACACAUCAGUUGCGUUAUUAUUCCAGAGAAACCCAUGGAAGGCAUCCCACCAGUUCCUGAUAAAUUUUAUUGUGAACUAUGUCGACUCAGUCGUGCAGACCCGUUUUGGGUUUCAGUAACUCAUCCUUUGUUACCUGUAAAGUUGACCACAACCAGUAUUCCAACUGAUGGUUCCAACCCAGUGCAGUGCGUGGAGAGAACAUUUCAAUUCACAAGAGCAGACAAAGACUUGGUAUCAAAACAAGAGUUUGAUGUUGAGGCUUGGUGUAUGCUUCUGAACGACAAGGUUCCAUUCAGGAUGCAAUGGCCACAGUAUACAGACCUAGCGGUCAAUGGCCUUCCUGUUCGAACAACUAACAGACCCGGUUCACAAUUGCUCGGGGCUAAUGGUCGUGAUGAUGGUCCAAUUAUCACGGCACAUACAAAAGAUGGAAUUAAUAAAAUUUCCUUAACAGUAUGUGAUGCUCGCAUUUUUUGUUUAGGUGUUCGCAUUGUAAGAAGGCGCAAUUUGCAACAGAUCCUAAACUUAAUUCCAAAGGAGUCUGACGGUGAGCAUUUUGAAGAUGCUCUUGCACGCGUUUGUCGUUGUGUUGGGGGUGGAAAUGCAGCUGACAAUGCUGACAGUGACAGUGAUUUGGAAGUGGUUUCAGAUACUUUUGGCAUUAACCUUCGUUGUCCGAUGAGUGGUUCAAGAAUGAAGAUUGCUGGAAGAUUCAAACCCUGCAUUCACAUGGGUUGUUUUGAUCUUGAAGUUUUUGUAGAAAUGAAUCAACGCUCAAGAAAAUGGCAAUGCCCUAUAUGUCUCAAAAACUAUGCAUUGGAGAAUAUCAUCAUUGAUCCUUAUUUCAAUCGCAUCACUUCUUUGAUGAUUAAUUGCGGUGAAGAUGUUACAGAGGUUGAGGUGAAGCCUGAUGGCUCUUGGCGUGUUAAGACAAAGAGUGAAAGUGAACGUCUGGAUUUAGGGAAUCUUGGCCGAUGGCACUCUCCUAAUGGAUCCCUCUGUGCUUCUACCGAUGAAGAUAUCAAAAGAGUAGAAACAUUGAAGCAAGUAAAACAGGAAGGUUUUUCAGACGGACCUGCUGGUUUAAAACUUGGCAUUAGGAAGAAUCGCAAUGGAAUUUGGGAAGUCAGUAAGCCUGAGGGCACAAACACCUCUUCUGGUCAUAAAUUAAAAGAGGUUUUUGGAAAUCCUGAGCAUGUUGUUAUUCCAAUGAGUAGCAGUGGCACCAUAAGUGUCCGGGAUGGUGAUGAUCCCAGUGUUAACCAGGGCGGCGGCGGGAAUAUUGAUUAUUCUCCUACCAAUGGAAUUGAGAUGGAUUCUGUGUCUCUCAAUAAUGUUGAUUUAGCUAGUGGAUAUACUGCACAUAACACUUCAGCUCAGAUGGGUGGUGCGGAAGUAAUUAUUCUUAGCGAUUCCGAAGAGGACGAUAUAUUGGUGCCUCCUCCUGCAAUUGCAACUAACAACAACAUAAUUGAUACUGCGGGUGGUUACUCCAUGCCACCACCUGGAAUUGUUGACCCAUAUGCUGAAGAUCAGAAUCUCGGUGGAAAUUCAUGCUUGGGCCUUUUUCCUAAUGAAGAUGAUUUUGGGAUGUCUUCCUUGUGGUCAUUGCCAUCUGCAACUCAGACUGGUCCAGGAUUCCAAUUAUUUGGUUCUGAUGCAGAUGUCUCUGAUGCGUUGGUCCAUUUGCAGCAUGGUCCUAUUAAUGGCACCUCAUCACUGAAUAAUUAUGCAUUGGCUCCCGAAACUGCUUUGGGAUCUAGUAGCCUAUUACAAGAUUCUUCUGCUGGUCGGUCAGAUGCUGACUUAAACGGUGGUUUGGUUGACAACCCAUUGGCAUUUGCUGGAGAUGAUCCCUCACUUCAGAUUUUUCUCCCCACAAGACCAGGCGAGUCAUCUGUGCAGAAUGAAUUGAGAGAUCAAGGAAAUGUCUCCAAUGGUGUCUGCACUGAAGAUUGGAUAUCCCUUAGUCUUGGAGGUGGUGCUGCCGGCAGUAACGGCGACGCUUCAACUCAAAAUGGAUCAAAUUCUAGACAUCAAGUCCCAGCCAGAGAUAGCGGCACUAAUACUUUAGCUGAUACUGCUUCUUUGCUUCUUGGUAUUAAUGAUGUAAGAUCUGACAAAGUAAGUAGACAAAGGUCGGGUAGCCCUUUCACAUUUCCUCGCCAAAAACGUUCUGUAAGGCCCCGCCUGUACCUUUCUAUUGAUGAUUCAGAUUCGGAAUAA